AUGAUGAAUGAAGAAGGUAACCACUUGUUGGAAACAUCUAUCUGCUUGAGGCGAAGAAAAUUUGCAUCGAUUGGUGUACUCUUCCUUAUUAAUUUACUCAAUUAUAUGGAUAGGUUUACAAUCGCUGGUGUACUUACGCAAAUACAAAAAUAUUUUGAUAUUGAUGACUCAAGUGCUGGACUUCUACAGACCGUAUUCGUUGUGUUUUAUAUGAUAAUUGCCCCAGUUUGUGGUUAUUAUGGUGAUCGAUACAAUCGAAAAUUUAUUCUGCAGAUUGGGUUAAUUGUUUGGAUGACAGCAGUCAUAUUGUCAACACUUUGUGGUCCCGCACAUUUCUAUCUCUUUAUGUUAUGUCGAGGUCUUGUGGGUAUUGGUGAAGCAUCUUAUGUAACUAUUGCACCAACAAUAAUUGCUGAUAUGUACACAGGAAAUCGACGAAGUUGUGCUUUGAUGAUUUUCUAUUUUGCUAUACCAGUUGGGAGUGGUUUGGGAUACGCCACUGGUGCAGCUUUUUCAUUAUGGACAAAUACUUGGAUGUGGGGUGUUCGUCUGACAUCUAUCCUUGGUAUCAUAUGCUUUAUGCUGUUGGUUUUUGUUGUUGAAGAACCAGUGCGUGGCGAAGCAGAGCACUCUAAUCCUGUUCCGUCUUCAUUUCUUGAAGACAUCAAAUAUCUACUUACCGUACGGACGUAUAUUGCCACAACUCUUGGACUGACAUCAGUAGUGUUUGUGGUUGGAUGUUUAGGAUGGUGGACGCCGACGCUAAUGCAGUAUGCAUGGGCUGUGCAUCAUGGUACCAGUCAUAUUAGUAGUGAAGUGAAGGCUGAGAUCGGUUUGGUAUUUGGAAUCGUUACAUGUCUUGCUGGUUUUUUCGGUGUUUUCUUUGGUUCAGUAUUGUCUCAAAUCUGGCGAUCAGGGUUCGGCAGUAUUCCGAAGAAUGUCCAUGCUGAUUUGCAUGCCUGCGCUUUGGGUUCUCUCUCAGCAGUACCAUUUCUAUAUUUCGGUCUUAUCUUGUCGUCAAAAAACACGACUUUAUGCUUAAUUUUUACAUUUCUCGCUGUAACCGGUUGUUGUGUUAAUUGGGCUGUCAAUAUGGAUAUUUUAAUGUCUGUUAUAAGUUUACGUCGGCGGUCAAUAGCUACAGCUAUUCAGACUUUAAUUUCGCAUCUUUUUGGAGAUGCUUCUUCCCCAUACAUGAUUGGACUUAUAUCGGAUGCAAUACGUGGACAUGAACGUUCUACUCUUGCACAUUUUGUUGCUCUUCAGCGUUCAUUGUUUGUGCCAAAUUUUGUUCUUUGUUUCGGUAGUUUGAUGUUUUUGGUUUCAACUUUUUACAUCGAUCAAGAUAGACAGAAUGCUCAUGAAUUAACACACAGUGAACAGCUUACUAUUGAAAAUGUUUCGGAAACAUCACCAUUAAUAGAUAGUGUUGAACAUUCAUCAACUUGA